CGAUACUCUCACAUAUGAAAGAACAGCUACCACCUAUCGAUCAAACCUCAACUCAGACCUCCAAUACCAUACUUUCUUAAGCGUCAGCACUUUCCCCCAUGGCCUCCCGCACUCUCCGCUUCCUCACUCAGGCCUGGACAGCCCCCACCAACCCCACCACCUCCUUCGCCGGCAAAAACAUCCUCAUCACAGGCGCCAACACAGGCCUGGGAUUCGAAGCCGCGACCAAAUUCGUCGCGCUGGGAGCAGACCGCGUGAUUCUGGGCGUGCGGGAUCUGACCAAGGGCGGGCGCGCUAAAGAGCUCAUCGAGCAGCGGACCGGAGUCAAAGGAAAGGCAGAGCCAUGGCAGCUUGAUAUGUGCGACUAUAGGAGCAUGGUGAGGUUUGCGACGAGAGCUGCGGAGCUGCAGAGGUUGGAUGUCGCAGUGCUGAAUGCGGGGGUUUAUAAGGUAAAAUAUGAGAUGUCGAGGUAUGGGUUGGAGGAGACGCUGCAGGUUAAUGUGGUUUCGACGGCGUUGUUGGGACUGUUGCUGCUUCCGGUGUUGAAGAAGGCGAGAAGAAAGAGUGGAGUAUUGCCGGUGUUGGAGAUCGUGACGUCUGGGAAUCAUGAGACGAUCCAGAUCCCUGAAGAAAGGAGAGUGAAGGAGAAAAUCAUGGCGGCAUACAACGAUGACAAGGGUUACGACGCGAGUGUGCAGUACAAGACAUCCAAGCUCUUCGCGAUGUAUGUCAUGCAGAGCUUAGCUAUGUUGGCUCGAUUGGAGGACGGUGAGCUUGAGGUGCUUGUCACUUCGGUCUGCCCUGGCGCUGCGAAGUCAGAUCUUAGUCGAGGGUAUGAUGGACUAGGGAUGCGGAUGAUGAAAAGCAUUAUAAAUGCUGUGUUAUUGAGAACCACAGAGCAGGGUGCAAGAUCUCUGGUUAGUGGGGUCACUUUGGGGAAAAAGGCUCAUGGGAGAUUCUGGCAGCAUGACGAGAUCAGGCCGCCAGCACCAUUAGUAUCUGGAACCGAAGGAGAAGGGUUAAGGCGGAAAGUCUGGGCUGAAGUCAUCGAAGCGCUUGCUAAUAUCCCCGAGCUAGUCAGCGUCGAGGCCAGCCCUUCAGAGAAUCAAAUUCAGCAUCAGCUUGAUGGCAUGAAAUGUAGAAGAAAAGAAUCUGAGCUCUGA